UGCAGCACGAAAUCCUCUACAGUCAUGAAACUUUUGCUGAUCGUCGCCUUGGCUCUGGUCGCCCUGACCGCCGCUCGACCCUCCGACGUGAUCGACAUCGAGCAGGACCACAUGGAGCACGAGCAGGAGGGCGUCCCAGGAACGGCCGUGGAGGGCGAGUACUCGUGGGUAGCGCCCGACGGGAACGAAUACGUCGUCAAGUACGUCGCCGACCGAAACGGGUACCGCGUGGUCGACGACAACGUCCUUCCGGAAUUCCGUGACGCCAAGCCCACCGGCGAGGCAGAGGAGGCUGACGACGAGUAGUGCCAUGAAAUUCAAAAUCUUUUUCCAAAGCAUAAUAAAUCUAUAUUUUGACAAAAGUUU